AUCGAGCACAAAACAAGAUGGCUUCCGAUCCUGAAAAGGGCACAAAUGCCGAUACAACAUUUGCAAAUAACUCCCCAACUGCCACACCAAGUUCGCAUUCAGCAUCAACUCCAGAUGAAAAGCAAAAAGGAACAAAAAAAGGUGGUAAACAUAUCACAACUCAAGAUCCAGAUCGAACCGAUUUGGACGUUAUGCACGAUCGUCAUAAACGUGAUGCAGAAAAAUACAUUUUAACCGAAGAUGAUUGUUAUGAUGAAUUAGGAUUCAGUUUUCCUACAUGGAAAAAAUGGAUGAUUUUAACUGUAAUUUUUAUCGUUCAAGUUAGUAUGAACUUUAAUACUUCUUUGUACUCUAACGGCUUGGCUGGAAUUUCAGAAGAAUUCAACGUUAGCGAACAAGCUGCCAGAUGUGGUGCAAUGAUCUUCUUGGUCACUUAUGCGUUCGGAUGCGAAUUAUGGGCUCCAUGGUCAGAAGAAUUGGGUAGAAGGCCAAUCUUACAAUUCAGUUUGUUCCUUGUCAAUAUUUGGCAACUUCCCGUUGCUUUGCCACCAAAUUUCGGUACAAUCUUGGUUGGACGUGCGCUUGGUGGUUUCAGUUCCGCAGGUGGUUCGGUCACCUUGGGUAUGAUUGCUGAUAUGUUUGAAUCCGACGUUCAACAAUAUGCCGUCGCUUAUGUCGUAUUCUCAUCAGUUGGAGGUUCAAUUGUCGGACCAAUUGUCGGAGGCUUUGUGGAACAAAACCUUUCAUGGCGUUGGUGUAUUUGGAUUCAAUUGAUCUUCGGUGGUUUCGUUCAAAUUUUACACUUUUUCCUCGUUCCUGAAACUCGUACAACGGUUAUGAUGGACAAGAUCGCUAAACGCCGUCGUAAGAAUGGAGAAAAUGUCUGGGGUCCAAACGAAUUGGUUUCCUGGAGAGAGCGUUUCUCGGUCAAAGAAGUUGUGCAUACUUGGAUUCGUCCUUUCCGCAUGUUCUUGACAGAACCAAUCGUGCUUGUGCUUUCACUCUUAUCUGGUUUCAGUGACGGAUUGAUCUUUGUUUUCAUUCAAAGUUUCAGUUUAGUGUAUAAACAAUGGGGUUUCAAUGCUGCUACUACAGGUCUUUCCUUCAUUGCCAUUGGUGUGGGUUACUUUAUCGCCUAUCUCUCCUUCAUUCCUGCAAUUCGCAGAAACAUCGCCGAACGUGAGGCUAAACCGGACGAUGAACGUGCUCAAUAUGAAAGUCGUCUUAAAUGGCUUCUUUGGACAGCUCCUUGCUUGCCAAUCGGUUUGAUCGGUUUCGCAUGGACAAGUGGCGGUCCACCAAUUCACUGGAUCGGAAGUAUGAUCUUUGCAGCUGUGAUUGGAAUUGCCAAUUACUCAAUUUAUAUGGCAACGAUUGAUUAUAUGAUUUGCGCUUAUGGACCUUACUCUGCUUCUGCAACUGGUGGUAAUGGAUUCAGUCGUGAUUUCUUGGCAGGUGUCCUUACUAUUCCAGCAACGCCUUUCUUCCAAAAUAUCGGUCCUCCAGACCGUCAUUUGCAGUAUGCAUCAACGAUUCUUUUCUGCAUCUCAUUCGUUUUGGUAGCGGCUGUUUAUAUCAUUUAUUGGAAAGGUCCAGUCUUGCGUAAACGUUCACCAUUCGCACAACAUUUGGCCAAAGAAGCAUUACAAAAAGUUUCUUCUCGCGGUGAUGGAACGGCGGCAAUCAGUCCAGGUGAAAAGCAUCACCAUGAAGCUGCCGUCGAAGCAGCACGAGCAAUGGCAGGAGCUGAACCUGGAGCAGGAGGUAGACCAACAUUCUCACGUAAAAGUUCUCAAGCCCGUGCCGAUCAAGAUGCACGUAUUAGACCUGGUCAUACCAGCAAGACCAAUUCUAGAGGAAAUUCUCGUGCCAAUUCUCGUGUCAAUACACCUACUGCUUCACGUAGACCUUCAUUUGAUCGAAAUGUUGUUCAAGAAGAAGCCUAGAAUGCAAAUUAUCUCUCAUGCCCGAUCACUUUUCUCAUACCUUAAUGUAGAACCAGCCUUGCAAUUAUUAUAAUGACAGAUUCGUAUUUUA